AUGUUCGCUUCAGUUGUCAUGCCUCUUGACAGGCAGCCGCUGCUGAAUGAUGUCGCGACAGCAGUGCAACAGCGUUUGAGCGAAUCCCAGCUGCAGAGUUCGACAAAGAUCGCAUGGUGCAGCGUCGUCCUGUUGGCAGAGCCCUGGCAGCUGUAUCCCAUGCUGGAAACAACUCUAUCUGUGGUGAAUCGACAGCCUGCCGACAUGAGCUCUCCGAGUGCUCAUGCUUUGCUAUGGUGCUUAUGGACCACGGCCUUCCCUCACCCAGGCAGACUCUUCAAGGAGUGGCUGCAGCGAGGAAUCGAUUUGGGCGACAUGUCGACUGCGGUCGAGGUUCUCCUCGCUGACUCCGAAUGGAGGCGAGACCAGGAUGAGGACCUCACAUGGAUCUGCUUGCUUCAGUACACGAGCCGGUCGGGACCCUGCCAGGAGGUGAUUCGCAAGUACUCCUGUGGUCGUGAGCUCCCUGGCUGGUUGCGCGUACGGGAUGGCCCCUGGAGUAAGUCGAAGGUGAGCAAGAACAAGCCUGAACUCGCCAAGUACAUGCAGAGAUUUUCGAAUCUCGAGAAGUUCGCACAACCGGCCUCAGGGAACCACUGGGAGAAGCUCGGUGCCGUCAUCGACUUCGUGGAGCACCGCCUCUCCGCUGCUGCUCCUCAGGUGCCCGGCACUGUGAACGAGAUGCUUCGCUUGCUAGACAGCUUUGCGCAGCGCCGAGAGCACUGGCUCAAGGUUGCUGGUGGAGCAAAAGCUGAGGUGCUGUUGCACACCCAUGGUUUGAGGACUUGGCAGUGGCACGAGGUUGCGGUGGAGUGUGGCACCUUCAUAGGCUACUCCGCGAUGCGUCUGGCGUUGCAGAUGCUCGCUGGCCGAGAGUCUCUCGACAAGAGAGCAGGUCCCCAUGUCUUCACAAUCGAGGUGGACCCGGUGCAGGCUUGCAUAGCCAGGCACCUCGUGGACCUAGCCGGUGUUUCGUGCUCAGUGGAGGUUGCCAUUGGACAGGUGCGUGAUAUUGUACCCAAGAUCGUCGAACUCUUUGGUGCCACAUCGGUGGGCAUGGUCUUCAUGGACUACAAGGGCACAGCCUUCCAUACCGACCUCGACACACUGGAAGACACCGGAGCGCUAGGCAUCGAUAGCCGUCUUCUUGCGGACAAUGUUGCGCUACCAGGCGCACCUCUCUUGCUCUGGAACCUGGCCUUCAGUCCGUCCUGGGAGUUGACUGCAUUUGCCAUGACGGAGUUUCACGAACCCAACACAGAGGACUGGAUGGCCCUGGGGAGGUACCGUGGCCCAGCAGGGCCGGCACCUGCUGCACCAGCGAGUUGGCAGCACCUCUCUUGGCACACGGCUUCUCGUCUGAGCUUUCAGAGCAUCUACCCGGGGCACAGUAUGCAGAAGUGUAGGUCGUUCGCCGAUUCCUCCCUGACAUCUGAAACCUACUUUCCGAAAGCUUAG